AUGGGUAUGGCGUUGCUCUACAAAGUUCAGAGGUCAAAUUUGGUUGUUAUGGGCUGGACCUACGUCAACUCUACAACCUUAAGGAGCCAGAGGCGUAGGGUGAACGACAAGCGUUCCCAGCAACUACGCGGAACGCUGAGAGAACAUUCCGUCGCAAAGCUUCUUCAACCCCACCAUUCGAGAAGCAGCGACAGCACACGACAAAGACGAGAGUACGAAGAACAAAGAUUGCACAAGAUGUCUCUCAACAUUGCUCGUCAGCUGCUUUUCCGUAGCGGCACUCGGUACGGCGUCCAUCGUUACGGCGUCCAUCAUAGCAUUCACCGUCCUUCUCGCUGGUUUGGCAAUACAGCACAGCGGAAAGCUAUCGACGAGCUCGGAGCAGCUAGUGAAAAGCGGCAAGGAAUUAAAGUCCUCACCGAGCUAGAAAGGCUCAGUGUUGUGGGGACUGGCCUUCAGCAAAUCGGCGGCAGCUUCAAAAGAAUUGAAGAAUGGAUAAAGCUCAUCAUAACCUUUGGUGUGGGAACGGUUACCCUUGGGCUGGGAACGCUAGUUCUUAAAGUUAUGUACUACGACGUCGAAGCGAACAAGGAAAUGCGUCUGUACAUUGAGAAAGUCGUCAACGCAGCGGGAGAAAAAACGAAGCUUGAGAUGGAACUCUUUACGGAGCGACAAAUACAAAAUGGUAUCAAGGAAAUUCGCCGGGUGGUAAAAGAAGAGGUUCAGAAUGAAAUGAGGAUUAAGGAUGGAGGGAAAGAGAAGUAA